UCAGCCACACAAACCCCCACCCACAAUCGCAAAACACAGAGCUGUCUCACAGGGAAGGAGAGAAAAUGAGGAAGUUCGAUCCAUGGCCGGUUUUCUUCAAGAGGGAAUGGAGCCGCAACUGGCCCUUCCUCGUCGGCUUCGCCAUCACCGGAACCCUCAUCACCAAGUUCUCCCUCGGCCUCACUGAGGAAGAUGCCAAGAACUCACCCUUCGUUCAGAGGCACAAGAGGUGAUUUCUCAAUGCCAUUGCAACUACCUUUCUUCUCAUGUUGUGAAGGGGAAGAUAAUAACAAAGCGGUGUUCAGAUUCUCUGUUUUUGAAUUUUCUGUAAUGUUUACAAUGACUUGAAUAACAUGAGAAGGAUUACUUCUGUCUGUGGGUUUUGAACUAUGUGUACUUGGGCAGACCUUUUUUUUCCAAGGUGAAACUACAAAAAUUGUGCAACAUUGCAGUAAUUCUAGCUGAUCUCUUUAUGCA